AUGGCUAGCUCAGCCCUGGGAGCCAUCCUUGCUGUGCUGGCCUCGCUCAUCAUCGCUGCCAAUGUGCUGGUGGCCAUCGCUCUCCUUCGCCUCAUCCAGAAGAGCAGCUCCAAGGGGCUCUAUUUUGUCCUUAAUCUUGCUGUUGCGGAUGCCAUGGUUGGCUUCACGGUCAUGGGUCUGGUCAUGGAUGAGUUUUCCCAGCCCUUUUAUCCUCCCCAGAUCUUCUGCGUUUUGAGAAUGGCUUUCGUGACCUCCUCUUCUGCUGCCUCUAUCCUAUCCCUGAUUAUGGUUGCGUGUGACCGGCACCUGGCAAUCAGGAAGCCUUUCCACUAUUUCCAGCUGGUGACAGGCUUGCGGGUUGCGGUGCGCUUGGUGGGGCUCUGGCUGGUUGCUGCCAUCAUCGGCUUCCUCCCGGUCCUCAGUCCGAGCUUUCAGAAGAUCUCCACCCAUGAGAAGUGCUCCUUCUUCGGGGUCUUCCACCCUGCCUACAUGCUCACCGUCUUCUGCGUCGGCUUCUUCCCAGCGCUCUUCCUCUUCAUUUAUCUCUACUGUGACAUGCUGAAAAUUGCCUCUGUGCAUGUGCAGCAUAUCCAGAAAGUGGAGCACGCAGGGCUGGCGGGGGGCUGCCCCCCAUCCCGCACUACCAGCGACAUGAAGGCCAUGCGUACUGUCGCCAUGCUCAUCGGGUGCUUCACGCUGUCCUGGCUGCCGUUCUUCAUCGCCAGCAUCGUGCAAACUGUCUGUCUUGAGUGCUUGCCCUACAGAGUUAUUGAGAACUACCUCUGGCUGCUGGGACUGUGCAACUCCCUCCUGAACCCCCUGCUCUACUCCUACUGGCAGAAGGAUGUGCGGCUGCAGCUCUCCCAGCUGGCUUCAGAUGUGAAGAGGAGAGUCCUCCUCCACCUGGGGAACAGCCGCCGUUUCCCUGGUAGAGGCACCAAGUCUCUCCCCACUGUGUCCUGUCUGCGGCUCCAGGACUGACACAGUAAGGAGCGGCUGUCACCAGCUUUCCAGCUCAUCUCCUGCAUCUUGACCAGGAACCCGGGGCCCACCAGCUGUGGAGGAGAUCACAGACAGGGUGGGACCAAUCUGGAUGCUAAUUCCCAGACAUCAGCAUGGCCAAAUUCCAGCCUGCCCACAGAGCCACAUCUCGGCCCGUUUUGCACCAGCCCCAGGCACCCCAAAUUGCAGGUGUGUGGCACACAUUAGAUUUUGCCUGGAGAGCCUCAGGAAGAGCAGCCUUGUGUUUCCAGGGUCCAAGCCCUCAGCAUUCACUCUGCAGGCUAAGAUCCUUCACCCAUUGCUGCCCAGCUUCCCCUGCCCAGACCUGGGAUCCACCUGCCCUCCCCUCUGCCUGCAGCGCCAGCUCUCUGGGCAGCGAGCCCCAAGCACUCAGGGCAGGGCUACUCACACAGUGGUGGCUCUGUUGCCUUUGGCUCUUGGCCCAGGCAGCAGAGGCUGGGAGGUGUGUGCUUGUCCUAAAUCUGUCCUGGACCGCAAGCACUCCCAGUCGCUGCCCUUCCUAAACCGAACUUGUGAUCCUACAGCUGCAGCCUGGGCAGUCCCCCAAACCUGUCCCCUGCUGCAAUCAAACCUGCAGCCAAAGAGGUGGCAGGGUCAUCCCUGCUCUGGGCUGUGCCCACCCAAGGAAGAGGUGAGGGCUAUGGGUCUGGGAUCCCAGCCGUGGC